UGUCUGUCUGUCUGAGCUGCUUGUAGUGCUGUUAGCAGGGGCUAUAGCCGCGCAUGGCACAUUCCGUGCAAGGAUUCGCUUGCUUGCCCUCAUGCUGAAGGCGGUUUCUUCCUUAUCUGGACCUAUUUAAAGGUGGAAGUGAAAGAAGGUUUCCCCGCCACUGUCUCGUCUCACGCCCUGGAGAUCACCAAGAUAGACAUUGAGGAGCUUUUUUUUUUGUCGCCAUCAUGAUGAAACCAGGAACAUCAUUAACCUUUUUUGCUAGAUUUCACUUGCUUGUCCUUCUGCUGCUUUUGUGCAGUGUGGAAACAAUACAAAGUGAAACCACAACAGUUGCAGACUCUGACAACCAUACUGACAGCUGCACUGGUUCCUACUAUUGCAAGGAAGGUGUCAUUUUACCUAUCUGGGAACCUCAGAACCCUGCUUUUGGUGAUAAAAUAGCAAGAGCUACCGUAUACUUUGUUGCCAUGGUCUACAUGUUCUUAGGGGUGUCUAUCAUAGCUGAUCGUUUUAUGUCUUCGAUUGAGGUCAUUACUUCUCAAGAGAAGGAAAUAACCAUUAAAAAACCAAAUGGAGAAACCACUAAAACAACAGUAAGAAUAUGGAAUGAAACUGUUUCCAAUUUGACACUUAUGGCUCUCGGCUCAUCGGCCCCUGAAAUUCUUCUUUCUGUCAUUGAAGUUUGUGGCCAUAACUUUCAAGCUGGAGACCUUGGACCUAGCACUAUUGUUGGCAGUGCAGCAUUUAAUAUGUUUAUCAUCAUUGCUAUUUGUGUCCACGUGGUACCAGAUGGUGAAAUAAGGAAGAUAAAACAUCUGAGGGUUUUCUUUGUAACUGCAGCAUGGAGCAUAUUUGCCUACACUUGGUUGUAUAUGAUCUUAUCUUUUUUCUCUCCGGGUGUUGUUGAGGUCUGGGAGGGCUUGCUUACUUUGUUCUUCUUUCCGAUAUGUGUUGUGUUUGCUUGGGUUGCGGACAGAAGGCUUUUGUUUUACAAGUAUGUUUAUAAGAGGUAUAGAGCUGGAAAGCAAAGGGGAAUGAUCAUUGAAACUGAAGGUGACAGGCCUUCUUCCAAAGCAGAUAUUGAAAUGGAUGGGAAGGUGCUGAACUCACACACUGAGAAUUUCCUUGAUGGUUCUUUAGUUCUGCAAGUUGAUGAGAAAGAUCAGGAUGAGGAUGAGGCAAGGAGAGAUAUGGCAAAAAUUUUAAAGGAACUUAAGCAAAAACACCCAGAGAAAGAAAUUGAGCAAUUAAUUGAGCUUGCCAACUAUCAGGUUUUGAGUCAGCAGCAAAAGAGUAGAGCAUUUUAUCGCAUUCAAGCAACUCGUUUGAUGACUGGUGCUGGUAAUAUAUUGAAAAGACAUGCAGCAGAUCAGGCAAGGAAAGCUGUGAGUAUGCAUGAAGUAAAUACCGAUAUAGUUGAAAAUGACCCAGUAAGCAAGAUAUACUUUGAACAAGCAACUUAUCAAUGUCUAGAGAACUGUGGAACUGUGGCACUUACUAUUGUUCGUCGUGGAGGUGAUUUGGCCAAUACAGUGUACGUUGAUUUCAGAACAGAAGAUGGCUCUGCAAAUGCUGGCUCAGAUUAUGAAUUUACUGAAGGGACUAUCAUUUUUAAGCCAGACGAGACCCAGAAAGAGCUUCGUGUCGGAAUUAUUGAUGAUGACAUCUUUGAAGAAGAUGAGAAUUUUCUAGUUCAUCUUAGCAAUGUACGGGUCAAUGCUGAGAACACAGAAGCAAACCUUGAAUUUAACCAUGUAACACCCCUUGCAUGUCUCGGAGCAACCUGUACAGCCACAGUUACCAUUUUUGACGAUGAUCAUGCAGGUAUCUUUACCUUUGAAGAGCCAGUCGCACAUGUGAGCGAGAGUGUUGGCAUCAUGGAAAUAAAAGUGAUGAGAACAUCUGGCGCUAGAGGAACUGUUAUUGUACCCUACAAGACUGUUGAAGGCACAGCCAGAGGUGGAGGAGAAGACUUUGAGGAUACUUGUGGACAACUAGAGUUCCAGAAUGAUGAGAUUGUCAAAACCAUAUCAGUGAAAAUAAUUGAUGAUGAGGAAUAUGAGAAAAACAAGACCUUCUUCCUUGAGAUUGGGGAACCCCGUCUGUUGGAGAUGAGUGAGAAGAAAGCCCUGUUGUUAAAUGAACUUGGAGACUUCACUAUCACAGGAAAAAUAUUAUAUGGUAAGAGCGUAAUCCAGAAAAAUACAGGGAAACCUGUCUUGAGGAAGGUUCAAUUUAGAGAUCAUCCUAUACCAUCUACUGUAAUCACCAUUGCAGAGGAGAAUGAAGAAAAACAGCCUUUAACAAACAAAGAAGAAGAAGAGCGUCGCAUCGCUGAAAUGGGAAGGCCUGUGCUAGGAGAACAUACAAGGCUUGAGAUCAUUAUUGAGGAAUCCUAUGAAUUCAAGAGCACAGUGGACAAGCUGAUUAAAAAGACCAACCUUGCUCUUGUGGUUGGAACAAACAGCUGGAGAGAACAAUUCAUAGAAGCCAUCACUGUCAGUGCCGGUGAAGAUGAUGACGAUGAUGAGUGUGGGGAAGAGAAACUGCCAUCCUGCUUUGACUAUGUCAUGCACUUCCUGACUGUUUUCUGGAAGGUUUUUUUCGCCUUUGUACCUCCAACUGAAUACUGGAAUGGCUGGGCCUGCUUUAUUGUGUCCAUUUCAAUGAUCGGUCUCCUGACAGCCUUUAUUGGGGAUUUAGCUUCUCACUUUGGCUGUACCAUUGGGCUGAAGGAUUCAGUUACUGCAGUUGUGUUUGUGGCUCUAGGAACCUCAGUACCAGAUACUUUUGCCAGUAAAGUUGCAGCAACCCAAGAUCAGUAUGCCGAUGCCUCCAUAGGUAAUGUCACUGGUAGCAAUGCAGUGAAUGUUUUCCUGGGGAUUGGUGUUGCUUGGUCCAUAGCUGCCAUUUACCAUGCUGCCAACGGAGAUGUGUUCAGAGUCCAACCCGGCAACCUCGCUUUUUCCGUCACCCUUUUCACCAUAUUUGCAUUCAUAAGCGUUGGCGUCCUGCUCUACCGACGGCGACCAGAAAUCGGCGGGGAACUGGGUGGGCCACGGACUGCCAAGCGUCUAACAACAGCCCUCUUUACACUUCUAUGGCUCUUGUACAUUUUAUUCUCAUCUCUGGAAGCCUACUGCCACAUAAAGGGCUUCUAAACAAACACUCUAACAUAGUGUAUAUAUAUAUAUUAUAAAUAUAUGUAUAAUGAACUGAGGAAUUAAAGACUUUGCCAUUUUCACUUACCUGCUGAUGGGAUGCAACUGUAGGAGCAUUCCUUUUUAAUGGGUAGGAGCAAGAAAUUAAGGUUUCUUACCCAAGGGCAUCAUGUUGAACAAGGCAUGGAUGCAGGGACAUCUUUGCAACUGUACCUAGAGUGUACUAUAAAUGGUUGACUACUUUUAUUUUUGAAAUGACUAUUCUGAAUGCUAAAUGGGCCUUUUUUGUUAACAUGUAAAGAUGCCGGAAUUACUAGUAACUAUUUUUUUUGGUUGUUGGGGAGAGUGCCUGGAGAUAAAACUCUAAAUGAGUUUCCUAGAUGGUUACAGACCAAGUCCAAAUUCUUCUCUAGCCCAAGUUCCAAUCAUGUGAGAAUUAAAGGGGGAAUAAUCACAUUCUGUAACUCUCCUCCUGCUGAACAAAAGGCACGUGCCCACAAACAGAUGUGCUUCAUUAUUCAUAUGUUAUAAUACUCCCCAGAUUUUAUUUUUUGUUAGAGGGGCUUGAAGGGUUAUGUUGUUGUCUAUAGGGAGAUGAGGUCACACAUUAAGGACUCCUCCUAGAAAGAGUAGCCCUGACAGUGAAGAAUGGACAUGUUUGUGAUGUUUCAGCCAUCUUCUCCAAAAA